AUGAAGAAAAGGCAGAUGACAUGGAAAGUAUCAGAGCAGAUCUUAAAACACUCGUUCGCUUCUCUCUCAUUCUCGCAGACUCCCCGCAGUCGCUCCUUUGAUUCUUUCCUUUCUCCAAAAUUGCUGCUCUUAACUCGUCCCCAAUCAUCUUCUCCUCCAAAAUCACACUCGUUCGCCUCUCUCCCUCUCUCACAGUCUCACUUUCGCAGCCUCGCAGUCGCUCCAAUCAUCGCCUGUACCUCGGCCCCAAAUCGUCCGCGUCUGCUUCGGUCCGGUCAAGAAUUGACGCCGGUGCUCGACUUGUCGGUCGAGGGCGUUGACCUUGGAGUUGGAGGUGCCGCCUUUCCGUGCACACGGUUCACCAUCAAGGCCCAACAGAUUUUCGUCUCCCUCUCCAUCAAAAUGUCAAGCCAAGAAAAAAUGGACGAAAGCACGGGACCGAUAGAUAAUGCCCCAAAUGAGAUACCAACUUAA